GGUAGGGGCUCCGAUUGAAGAGCAUGCCGAUUUAGUGUAUACUCGUGCAAUGUAUGAGAAAUUUUAUGAUGAGUUAUUCGAGGCUGGGAAGUUUUGUGUUCAGAGGGAAGAUGGCAAUGACAGGUUCAUUGUUUCCUCUGCGAAGUUGAGCUCAGAUGGUGUACAAAAAAAAUAUGUUGUUACUCUGCACGGAGAGGAUUUCAUGUCUUGCCAGUGUGGUCUGUAUGAGCAUCUAGGUAUGCUGUGCCGGCAUGCUUUAAAGGUUUUGUUACAUUUGGAUAGGCAAGAAAUUCCAAAGUUUAAUAUAAUGAGAAGAUGGACAAAGGAGGCAGUUGUUUACAAAGCUCAUGGAGAACAAACUGAUAUAGCUUCAGAUGCAGACCAAAUGAGGAAGAAGGCUUUGAUGUUGCAGACUCUUCAAAUUGUGCAUGGACCUUCACCGGUGGAUGAGCAGAUGUUCAGGAAUGCUAUGGAAGCGUUGAGGCCCGCUGACCGAACGCAGCGGGAGGAUCCACCAUUUGAUGGACAGUAUCAAUGUAGUUUGCAUGAUGAUGCUGGGCCGGUGCCUUUAUCGUGCCCUCCAAGGACAAUGAAGGGUGGUCGACCUCCUAGCACUGGGCUUAAUGCUUGGAUAUCGAGGAAAGACAAGAGAAGGACUCUUGACUCUUCACCGAGGGAUCCAAUUUCCGAAGAUUGGCCAGAGGAAGAGAUGCCUCCUAGCAAGAAGACCCGGUGCUUAAAAGAUAUCUGAAUGUUUCUUAACCAAUCACAGUAUCAUUGAUGCCAACAAAUGUUUACAUUGGAAGUAUGUCUAGUGGCAGUACAUUGGUGUCUAAAAUAAAUAGUUUGCGCAUUUUAUUCGAUGAUGCUCAUCAUAAACCUAGUUUAUGAACAAAAUGUAGCACGGAUUAAUAUUAUGCCGUCCGAUG